AUGACAGACAAUGCCUCUCAUAGACUUGGCCUCCACAUUGAUGGGAAGUACAGGCUCAGUAAGAAGAUAGGCUCAGACACAUUUGGUGACAUCUACCUCAGAAUUGACAUCACCUCCAGCAAAGAAGUUGCCAUUAAGCUUGAGCCUGUCAAAGCAAAGCACCCUCAGUUGGAAUAUGAGUCCAAAGUUUACAAGACUCUGGCUGGCAGUGUCAGUGUUCCAUUUGUCAGGUGGUUCAGCACAGAGUGUGACUACAACAUGAUGUAUAUUCAUUCUUGUAAUUUUAUCCACCAUGACAUCGAGCCUGACAACUUCUUGACAGGAAUUGGGAAACAAGGCAACCAAGUCAACAUUAUUGACUUUGGUCUUGCAAAGAAGUACCAUGACCCCAAGACUCAUCUGCACAUCUUGUAUAGGGAGAACGAGAACCUCACAGGGACCACUCAUUAUACCUCAAUCAACACUCACUUAGUCAUUGAACAGGCCCACCAUGAUGACUUGGAGUCCCAUUCUCACAUGCUCUGGUAUUUCCUCCAUGGUGCACUUCCCUGGCAGGGCCUCAAGGCUGCCACCAAGAAGCAGAAGUAUGAUUGGAUCAUGGAGAAGGACAUGACUACCCCCAUGGACCUGCUGUGCUGCAACUUCCCUAAUGAAUUUGGCAUAUUCCUCAAUUACACUCGAGCACUGUGGUUCAACAACAAGCCUGACUACUCCUACCUUUGCAAGCUCUUCCAUGACCUCUUCAUUCACAAGGGCUUCCAGUGUGACUACAUCUUCGACUGGAGCAUUCAGUGCCAUGCUCCUGAGAACAGUAGUACUGGCACAAAGGAAGAAGACCACUGUGCCAGUGACAGGAUGCUUCAUUCACAGACCAAUCAGCUGCAAGCCAAUGCUGCCAGCACUGUAGGCCAACAAUGUGGAGCAACUCAUGGAAGGGAAGGUGAUAUUUGGUGA